CGUCUUGUCGGUUGGGUCGCUUUCCCUCUAACUAGGGCACUGCUUUCGGGCACCUAAUUACAGACGUCUCCAAACAAGGAACCGCACCGGCGCCGCGGAGAAACGAUCAUGGACCCCUCUACCGAGACCAGUCCUCUCGUCAACCAGCUCUCGGCACCCUCCGUCCCGCCCGACCUGGCCGCCUUACCAAACCCAGCGCCCUCCAGCACCAGCACCAGCACCAGCACCGGCAGACGCGGACCCCAAGACGACGCCGCCCUCCUCGCCGCCUGGCAGAUCUCCCCGUCGACGCACGCCCACAUCCUGCACACCCAGAUCUUGCCGCGUGAGCUACACCCCUUUCUGCCCAACCCCGCCAGUAGCUCCGACGCCAGCCCGCCGUCCCGCGCCCGGCCCCUGGCAGUGUUCAUCCUCGGCCAGACCGGCGCCGGCAAGACCCGUCUCGCGCCCCUGCUCCUGUCCGCCAUGUCCAGUAGUACCUCCCCAUUCUCACCCUCCCCUUGUCCCCCGCCACCACCAGCACCACCACCUCCUCCUCCUGCGGCUCCUUUUCCUCCAGCAGGCCCCCCAACAACGGGAAUAGAAACCACCAACCCGCCCAAAACGCUGCACCUGAUAGCAGACACCUACAAGACCUACCACCCGCACUACGCUACCGCCCUGGCGGCGGCGCCGCACCUCGCGUCGCGGCUCGCCUCGCGCGACGCCGCGCGCUGGCUGCGCGCCGUGUGCGCGUGUGCGGCGCGGCACGGCGUCGCGCGCGUGCUGGUCGAGAGCGCGUGUCGGGCGCGGGGGGAUCUGCAGGGUCUUGUUGGGGCGUUUUCGGUUCCGUUUUCGGUUUCGUUUUCGGGGGGGCAGGAGGAGGAGGAGGAGGAGGAGGAGCAGGGGGGCGUGGUGGGAAGGGGAUGGGGGCGGAUAGUAGCUCGCGGCGAGCAAGGGCGGGAUGGCAACGGCUUCACCAACACCAACAACUCCACCACCAACACCAACGGCUCGCCGACGACGGAGGCAGACGCUAUGGCCGAGCACGCCGCCGCGCCGCAAAACGAAAACGGAGAACCGCGCAGGUACCGCGUCCGGGUGGCGGUCCUGGCCGUGCCCGCAGCGCUGAGCCGGCUGGGGAUCCUGGUGCGGUACCACCGGCGGCUGCCGGAGGCCGGGUCGCGCGGGCUGCCGGUGCGGCUGACGCCGCGGCGGGUGCACGACGAGAGCUUCGCCGGCCUGGCGGAGGCGGUGCGGUGGCUGGACGGCCACGGGCCGGAGCAGGCGGCGGUGGAGAGGGUCGUGGUCGUUCGGAGGAACGUGGUGGUGGCGUACGCGGAUGAGAGGGGCCAGGACGGGCGGUGGAUGCGCGGCGGGGAGGGCGGCGGGGCGCUGCGGGCGUUGGAGGCCGAGCGCGAGCGGCCGCUGUCUGUGGAAGAGCGCCGGGCGGCAGGGGAGGAUAUCGCGGCACUGCGGAGUCUGGGGGAUCCCGAGGUGGACAGGGAGCUGGACGAGAUCGAGGCGCUGAUCGCAGCACUGGGAGUGGAAGAGCAGCGGGCGCCUGCAGCGGCAACCCUUUUCGACGCAGAAGCCUUCGUGUCGACGAGCUGAAUACCGAGCACUGAGUCGUGAGACUUGAAAACAGACGAGAAUACUCGCCGGGAUCUGAUGGACAUCAUCAUCAUGUUUAUUCGUCAG